AUGUAUCGACCCGGAUUUGGCGCGGGGUUUGACCCCAAUAACCCAGAACACCUCUUCCAGAUGGCCCGAGCAGGUCGCCGCCCGACACAACGAUUCGACGAAUACUACAGAUGCUAUCCCAUGGUGAUGGCCCCCGGCCCCGAGAGGCCCGAUCUCAACUACGGAUCCAAGAUCUUCCUCCCAGCUUCCGCGCUAGACAAAGUAUCCAAGCUCCACGUGCAGUGGCCACUUCUCCUCGAGCUUAUAAACGGCGAGAAGGGCAAGCACUCGCAUGCGGGCGUAUUGGAAUUCGUGGCCGAAGAAGGACGGGCGUACCUGCCGCACUGGAUGAUGGAGACUCUGGGCCUAGACGUCGGAGAUAUGAUCCAGGUGAAGACGACGUCGUUGGAGCUUGCGAGGCUGGUCAAGCUGCAGCCGCAGUCGGUCAACUUUCUCGAGAUCACGGACCCCAAGGCGGUUCUGGAAAAGGCGUUUAGGAACUUCGCUACCCUGACAAAGGGGGACGUGUUCAACUUUGAGUAUAACGAUGAGAUUUACUAUGUGGCGGUGCUGGAUGUCAAGCCAGAGACGCCCAAGAUGGGUGUAAGUAUGAUCGAAACUGAUGUUUCAGUCGACUUUGCACCUCCGGUCGGCUACGUCGAACCCGAGAGGCAACCCAAGGGAAGCGGAACCAGCACGCCCGCGAGCGGUCGAGGCGGCGUGCCUGCCGGUGGCGUUCUCCAUCACCAGGGCACUAUGGCGCAAGCUAUCGGUUAUCAGGCCAUCGCGCCGUCGACUCUCUCCACGAUGCCGAGCAACUUUGCUGGAGAGGGCCAAAGGCUGGUUAUUAAGAAGAGCAGCAAGACAUCGACGCCGAAGCCUUCGACUCCCGAUAGCGCGGCGGCUGCGGCGCUUGCCGUGCCGCCGAUUAGGCGGAACGCGAAUGGGCCGAUGCCGCUCAGGUUGCCGGCGAAUAAGCUCUUCUUUGGCUAUGAGAUUAAGCCGUUCAAGACGCUGGAGGAGAAGGAGGAGGAGCAGAAGGCGGAGGAUAAUAAGCCCAAGUUUGCGGGUCAGGGACAGAGUCUCCGCGGCGCAUCGGGGAAGCCGAAGGGAGGGAAUGGUGAUGGUGAUAAGGGGAGCAAGCCUUCGGGUUCAAACCGAAAGCCUAGGUGA